AUGUCCGGACAGUUACCGGCUAAACAACUCAAUUCAAGUAGAAUUAAGACAUCGCUGCGAAGGCAUGUUCUUAGUUUGGUGAGUGAACAUUUUUUUUGAAAGAAAUUAUCAAUGUUUUAAUUACUGACAGGGUGGUACUGCGACUUGAAAGAAAUACAACUACCAGCUCGAGAUUUUGAGGCAUUUUAUUGAGAAGUUGGGCUACGUUUUACGAUUAGCUUUCCGUAGCGACGUGAAUGAACAUCUAUCCGUACCUUUUACGAUUUAAUGCCGCUAUUUUCAUAGGAAUUAUUGCAACGGAACUCGCUCAGCUUCUGAAAGUUGUACAUUCAAGACUUAUGUCUAUGACUUUGACUAACUUUACGAAUGGCUUCGUUCGAAACGUCGAAGGUCUAUAUAUCUAUAUUAUUCUGUUAACAACUUUGUUUUAAUUCUGUUUUAGAUUGACAAUAACUGCAGUUCCGUAUGCUACCGAGCGGCUUGGCGCGUGCGAGAUCGAGCACUUGAUCUCGCACGUAAUUCGAUCUCUGGAAAGAGAAUAACGUUAGACGAAUUGUUGCACAACAUACCAGGCGUGCGGUUUUUUGUUUCGGCUAUCACUGCGGUUCAAGCGACUUCUGAACGAGACAGAGGGCUAAUUUUUCCUGCAGUUUCGUUUUUUAUUGUUUAUUCUCCAAGCGAUGACUGCAGCGAGGAAAUAAUUUUCGACGUCCUAAACAACGAAGACCCCGAAGCGGACGUCGUGCGAAUUAGACCAAGACAACCCGGGGACGGCGACAGUUUGGCCCACGUUCUUUUUAAUGUGGUGAAAAACCACAAUAACGAGUUCGUGAAUGAAAUGGUCAGACUCAGUAACGACUACGGUAUUCAACGUCAACUGAACGAUCCUGACAGACCACCAAUCCCGCCACCACACUUUCCGCGAACUUCGACGAGAAUUGUUGUUGUCGACGCCGAAUUUGGCCCGGCAAUUCACGCCGCGAGGCAAAAUCUCGAAGCAGACGGCUUCCAAUGCGAAGUGCAUGGCAUUGUCGAAAUUCCACCAGCAGAACCACAGCUCGAUAAUGCCACCAGCGAUUUAACGGAAACUAUCAGAACAUUCGAGCGGUUCAUAAAGCAGAUGGGUUAUGCUCUAUACAAG